CCGCCCCCUGCCCUGAACACCGAGCGGCUCCCGCAGCCGCUUGCGGGCAGCCCAGCCCCUGCCAGCCGCGAGCCGCGAGCCGCGAGCCGCGAGCCGGGAGGACAGACCGCGGAGGCUUCGGAGCCGCGGGGACCCGGCACGCAGCCGCCGCUGAGCCAGCGCCGCCUCCCCCUCCCGGACAAAGGCGCCCCCGCGCCCCGGGUGACCUUCCCGGAGGUAGGGUCCGCCCUUCAGAGCGGCUGUCCGCCUCGGUUGUUCGGCGGGCCCGCGCUUUGUAUGCCAGGGCCAGGGGCCGCCGCCGCCCCGCAGGCCCAGCGCUGCUCGGAGCCGGCGCCUCCCCAGCGCUCCCAUGGGGACCACGGAAGCCACACUCCGCAUGGAGAACAUGGACGUGACGCAGGAGUGGCAGGACGAGGAGCUGCCCAGGCCGCUCCGGGAAGACACGGGGACGGAGUCGCUCGGCAGCGCGGCGGCGGACGCGGCCUCCCCGCCCGGCGCACUGAACUUCAACGGAGCCCACCGGAAGCGCAAGACGCUGGUGGCCCCGGAGAUCAACAUCUCGCUGGACCAAAGCGAGGGCUCCCUGCUGUCCGACGACUUCCUGGACACACCCGACGACCUGGACAUUAACGUGGACGACAUCGAGACCCCCGACGAGACCGACUCGCUCGAGUUCCUGGGCAACGGCAACGAGCUGGAGUGGGAAGACGACACCCCGGUGGCCACCGCCAAGAACAUGCCUGGGGACAGCGCGGACCUGUUUGGGGACGGCGCGGCGGAGGACAGCGGCGCGGCCAACGGGCGCCUGUGGCGCACGGUCAUCAUCGGGGAGCAGGAGCACCGCAUCGACCUGCACAUGAUCCGGCCGUACAUGAAGGUGGUCACGCACGGAGGCUACUACGGCGAGGGCCUCAACGCCAUCAUCGUGUUCGCCGCCUGCUCUCCCGACAGCAGCUGCGCGGACUACCACUACGUCAUGGAGAAACCUCUUCCU